GCACUAGUGCACCGCCUCCGUCUUCCUCGCAGCGCCGCUCAGGCUCGGUCCCUCAGCGCAGAUCUUCUGCUCCUUCCCCCACUCGCGCUCAGGCUCGAUCCCAGGGGUCGGAUCUUCCGCGCGUCGGCGGCUCCCCCUCGGCGGCGUCCAUCGACGGAGGGGCAGUCCCAGGCUCGGCGGCGGCGUCGCUCCCCCUCCCGCCUCUCGCCAGUCGCCUCGCGCCCUCGCCUCCGUCCUCCGCCACCGGCCGGCGACCCUGCGUACGCACCUCCCUCUCCCCUCCCGCCUCUGCUGUACCGUGGGAGCCCGGCCAGCUGCCUAGGGUGGCCGGGCCUUGGCUCCGCCGGUGGAUUCAACUGAAUCCCCAUGUUUAGGAGGUGAAAUUCUACGGAAAUCUGUUCUCUUGAUUCGUGGGCUCGUGAAUGGAAUCCAGUGGCUGUGAUAAACCCACUGCAACAGAUGCUACCGAAUCAGUGGUGGGUUUAGAUGGUGAGGAGACUUUGUCCGAGAGGGAAUCUGUUGAAGCAAGACAUGGCCCUGCCUUGCCAAAUGGGGAUGGAAAGGAGGCUCCUUCAAGCAGUUUAUCUGCGGGGAAUAAGAGGAAGCGUGACAACUUGGGUUCUAAUCAAAUGGAACUCAAUGAACCAGGGACGCCAAGUUCCAGCUCAGGUGAUUCCACAUGGAGCAUAGAUAGUCUGGAUGGUUGUCGCCAACUCUCAUUGUCGAGAAAUAAGAACGAACACUCUGAACAUUCAGUUACUUCAGCAGGAGUUACAGUGAUCAGGCAGCCUCGUGGCGUCUUGAGGUUAAGGAGGCUGGCUCAGAAUGCUAAUACUGAGAGUUGGACUGGUGGUCAUAAUAUUCCACAAGCUAAUGGAGUUCCUAUGUCUUCCCAACUCCCGAGGCAGAACAAGAAGGGGGAAUCAGUUGCGUUCCAGGAGAAUAGAAUUGGUGGUGAUGAACCUGUCAGUUGUUUGAGAACUGAGAAUGGUACUUGUGCUCAGGAUACUGGCACCAAGUUCUGUUCUGAAACUGAAUUCUCAGUUGAAAAGCAAUCACAUCCUUCAGGUGAACCCUCAAAAGCCGUUCAUGUUGACAAGGGUGGCUGUGACCAUGUCAAAGAUGAUGAUGGUGUUAGUUUAGAAGAAAAUGCUGCUAGGAUGCUCUGUUCUUUAUCAGAUAACAGAUGUGCUGGAUCACCAAGGAAGGGAAUGAAAUCACCUGAUAGGUCAUCAAAGAGAUCUUUUCCUCUGCAUUCAAAUCAUUUUAAAAAUUCAUACAAAAAAAUCAAGGAUGUACCUGGUCCUGCUAGGUCGCUGCGGAAGCGUGAUGGUAAAGUUCCCUUCAGGAAGCGUCGUCCACGUCGGCAUUUUUAUGAAGUCAGCCCUAGCGAUGUGGAUCCAUUUUGCAUUGUAAAAGAGAGGAUCAGGGUUUUUUGGCCUCUUGAUGAGACUUGGUACUUUGGCUUGGUCAAGGAAUAUAAUCCAGUCACAAGGUUACAUCAUGUUAGGUAUGAUGAUAAGGAUGAAGAAUGGAUCAAUCUUCAAAAUGAGAGGAUUAAACUCCUGUUCUUACCAGCGGAAGCUCGCAAUAGAUCUAAAUGCACAAACUCAAGGUCAGUGUUUGAGCCGAAGAACGAACAUGGUGACAGAGAAGACAUGGAUGGAAGCAAUACAGAGAGUUCUGAGUCAGGUCCCAUCAUCUCAUGGUUGGCUCGAUCAAACCAAGCAAAAUCAGCUACACUUUGUGGCAUCAGCAAGCAGGAUCACAAUCACUCCAAUGUUGUUGCAAUUUCAUUUGACCAAAAGCAGUGCCGUGGUUCUGUUGCCAAGGAGUCUAAUGAUUCUAUACCAUGUAGUUCACUUGCAAAUGGGGGUGCAGAGGUUCUCAAGGAUAGGACCACACCUGAGGACAGGAGGUUUCGCUUUGUUUAUUCUAGGAAGCGAUUUUGCAGAAAAAAGAAUGGUUUUCUUAGCAUUUCUGAACAGCGUUCUAAUUGCCAAAGAAGAGGAAGUUCUGCUAUGGUUCUUGCUGCAUUUCCUAGUAUGGAAUCUAGUACUGCAACUGGUGCUUCAAUCACAUAUGUCAUACCUGCAUUGUGCCUCCCACUGAAACCUGUUUAUAAGUUGCUUUGUGAAGCAUGUUGCGCUUCGGUUUUCAAUGCCUUCUUUCUCCUUCAAUGUGGUACAUUGGUUGCCUUAUGGCCAGUUGUACAUCUGGACAUACUUCUUGUUGAUAAUGCUUUAGGCUCGAAACAUUUCCUUCUUGACACAUGCUUGAGAUCGGCAGUAUCACUUUUCUGUUUACUUGCUGGAAGCUUCAAGCAGUGUUCUAGGCAGAGAACUACCAAGGAAUCGAGAAUACCUUGUACUUCAAUCAGAUUUCAGAUAUCUGGUGGGCAUGGUAGAAGUCAAGUAGUGUUUAUGUUCUUCAACUUUGUUGGUGUAGAGAAAUCAAAAUGGAAACAUCUUCAAAGAAAGCUUCAAUAUCACUGUCCAAAGAGGGAGUUGUCUAAAGAUUCUACAAAAUGUACCGGUCAAAGAGCCCUUUCUUCAAUGGAUCUCUUCUCUAAGGGUUUUGAUGUUCAGGAGUCUGUCUUUCACCCAGAGUCUAAUUAUUCAGAUAUUGAACCUGUUAUUUGUUGUUUGGAUGUGCAGUGUAAAUUUGCUCAAAGUGUUGUGGACAUGACAACUGCACCUUCACUACUGCUUUGGCACCAUAAAAAAUUGUUAACGGAAAGCAAUUCGACUAGUGGUUCUCAGCAACCCAUGUCAUGUACUUUGGAUGAGGAUCAGCAGCAGUUGGUAACGGAACAUGAAUCUAAUACAGUUUGCCAUGCUCCACCUGAAGUUUGUUCACUUAAUCUUGGUUCAUCACCUGAUAGUCCAUUGGAUAUGGCUUCUGCUAGUUGUGCAAAUCCAUCUAGCUCUGCUAGUAGGGAAUCCAAGAUUGCUGAAAGGAAUGUGAGCCCAGAAUGUAAUGUCAGCAGUAUUGGUGAUGCAAAUAUAAUGCACAUAAAGUUUCAAGAUCAAAAUGGGCCUUGUAUUGGUGCUGACAAGCCACAUUCCUCCAAUCUUGGUGAUAUUUGCUCUUCACAGAAGUCUGCAGAGAUUUGUCUUUCCAUCAAUGUUCCUCUAGAGAAUGCAAUUGAUGCACCAAAUGAUAAACCUUUUGACAAAGAUGAAAAAGAAAAGCAACAUAUAUCUAACUUGGUUCAGGAAUUGAAUGAACAUCCAAUUGGUCGUGUUACACCAACUGCCCCCAGAACUACUUACCAUAAGAACCGGUUUACAUCUAUAUCACGUGCUUUUGGAGAUGGUUCAAAAUUACUGCCAGAAGAUCACGUGUUGACUGGCUUUGCUGGUGGUUCUAAGAAGCCACGAAGUCAAGUUUCGUACUCAGUUUCUCCUAGAAGUGAGGAACUUGGCAUAAAAAACAAAGGCCAUUUCCGCAAGAUACAAUCUCAUGUUAGUGCUAAGACAAAUGAUGCAAAGAAACUUCCUGAUAGUUCUAGAAGUGGGCAUAGCAGUCCAGAGUCAUUGACUUGUGUUGCAAAUGUUCUUGUUACAGUGGGUGAUAGAGGUUGGAGGGAGUAUGAUACCCAGAUCACGAUGGAUUCUGAUGGUCAGAGUGAACGGAGGAUAUGUGUGAAGCUUGCUGAAGGGACCAAGUAUGCUCACAAGGUCUGUCAAGUUUUGCAGCCUGGAGCCACAAACCGCUAUACACAUGCCAUGAUGUGGAAAGGUGGGGCUGAAUGGUGCCUGGAAUUUCCUGACAGAAGCCAGUGGUUGGUUUUCAAGCAAAUGCAUGAUGAGUGUUAUAGCCACAACAUCAGAGCUGCUUCUGUGAAAAACAUUCCAAUCCCUGGUGUCCGUUUGGUUGAAAUCCAUGAUGAUAAUGAUGGGGUAUCCUUUGUGCAAUCUGAAGAUUAUCUUGUCCACAUUGGAACAGAUGUUGAAAUUGCUCUUGAUCAAUCCCGUGUGUUAUAUGACAUGGACAGUGAUGAUGAAGAGUGGAUAUCAAGCUGGCGGAAAUUCUUAGUAAGAGACAACACCAGCACACUUGAGUUGGCAGAAGAUUUGUUUGAGAGGGUUAUGGACAAACUAGAGAAGUUUGCAUAUAGCCAUGACUGUAAUGAACUCAGCAUUGAUCAGAUGAAGGAACUGGAUAUUGAUGAUGUACCUCUGGACAUUAUUGAAGUGAUACAUGCAUAUUGGCAGGAUAAGAGGCAGAAAAAGGGAAUGCCGCUUAUUCGACAUUUUCAGUCCGCUAUGUGGAAGAUCUACGAGCAGCAGGUACAUGAAUGGGAAUCAAAGGUAUACAGAAUGCAGGGUUCAUCAAAUGGGUACCAAGAAAAGAAAUUGCCUCCCAAGCCUGCAUUGUUUGCCUUCUGUUUGAGGCCUCGUGGACUCCAUGUACCAUACAAGGGACCAAAGCAGCGUUCUCAUAAGAAGCUUAUGUCCACUGGCUGCCAUAGCUUUUCAAGAGAGCAUGAUGGCUUUUACCGGCAAGUAUCAGGCAGGAGAUACAAUGAAUGCACUGUGGAUGGGAGGAUAUGCGAAUUGUAUGACACUGGUUCUCUUUAUUCCCCAACAGGGUAUUCUCCCAGGUUCUCUUCGAGAACAGAUUCUCCUCGGGCAUUUGACUCAGAAAGAAGUUCUACACCAAGAUUUUUGAGGACCAAUAGUGUCAAAAGGAGUGCGAGCCUUGCUUUCUCUGAUGAUCACCAGCCAUCACCUUCCUUCCGCCCUCAGAGAGUAAAAAGGAGUGCACAUGACCAUUGGAAUGCUGUCGUUCAUGACUGGCAGAACUCAAAGCACCUCUUCCCGGGCUCGUCCCGUGUUGAUAUUGAGGAGCUCAAGCUGCGGGAUGCUGCAAGUGCAGCACAGCACGCUGCUGCCAUGGCGAAGCUCAAGAGGGAAAAGGCCCACUGCCUGAUGCAGAAGGCUGACCUUGCCCUCCAUAAGGCCACGGUAGCCCUCAUGAUUGCUGAUGCAAUCAAAUCCUCCAGCAGAGACACUCGGGAUGGCAGAAGGGAUUUGAGGAAUGAGGAACGCUGACUUUUUUUUUUGUUGGGCCUUUUGCCGCGAGCAUACAUACAACUUUAGCUCGAUGCUUCUUUUGCUGAUUAUGGGAGCAUGUUUGCUCCAUUUGAUCGAGUCAGUAGAUAGCAUCCCCUCCCCUUCUCCCCCCUCCUUCGCAUCUCCUGUACAUAGGUUUUCUGUCAUCUUUUUUUUUUUUUGUUCUCUUUAGACCUCCCGGUUAACAUAUUGCCCGGUGAAGAAUGGGCCAGGAUGUAGGUCAGCUAUCUGUUGGUACAAUCUGGCGUGUUGUCUGCAUAGCGGCUAUGUUGUCUCAUUAUUGGGUCACUCAGAUUGUGAAUUUGUUUGGGCCUUUGGGAGCUUCUAGCCGCUAUCACACAAUGAAUGAAACGAAUGGCACAGUACAGGAUGUAGUGCCUCUUCUGAAAUCUGA